AUGGAGAGUUUAAUAAAAAAAAGUCUAAAUAAACGUGAAAAGUCAUUUGAAAAAAGUUCUUGUCCAUUAUGGUUAUUAAAUAUUCUUCCAACACCAUUUAAAACAAUUGAAAUCAUCAAUGAAAAUGAAAAUGAAAAUGAUCAACAACAACAAAUCUUCGAUGAUUUGAAACCAUAUGAAUUAAUUCAACGAAUUCCACUUUUAAAUCAAUUCGAUAAUGAAUUGUUAAAUAAUUCAUUGCAAUUACUUUAUUUAUCAUCAAAUAAACAAAUUGUAAAUUUAAUAAAAACAUUCCAAGAACAUAAACAAAUGAAAUUGAAAAAAAUCAAUGAAGAAAAUCGAAGAAAACAAUGUGAAGAAUCGUUAUGUUUAAAUUUCUCAAUUCCAUUAAGUUCAUUUUGUAAAGAACAUUUUCUUGAAAAGGAUUUCAAACAAAUUCUAUUUGUUCAAUGUUCAAUUUGUCAAAAGAUCAAAAUUAAAUUUGAUGAAAAGAAUCUUUUCAAUUUUUGUUCUCAUUGA